UGAAUAAGAGCCAAUCCGGUGUAACAGUAUGAGUGUUGGAUUAAGGAUGCAUCUGCACUGUAUAAUUAAUAUAGUUUGACACUACUUUCAUUGUCAUGGCCCAAUGUUAUGGGAUCACUGGUGCUGCAGUUUCACAAAGACUUUAGCUUUCUCUGCCAGUGCUGGUGCUUCAUUAAACAACAACUCUCAUAGUGUUGAGCCAUGACAGUGAACGUGGUGUCAAAUUAAAUUAAUUCUAGAGUGUAGAUGCACCCUGAGAGACAAAGGUUCAAAUGCUUACUUGGCCAAGGAAACCCACUGGCUGAUUUUGGACAAGGCACACUCUCUCAGCCUCAGAAGGCGGCCAUGGCAAACCCUCUCUAUAGCAAUCUUGGCAAGAAAAACACAUGAUUGUGUCGCCAUAAAUCAGAAAUGACUUUGAAGGUAAACAAUAGUUUCCAAGGUACCGUAGAUACCCUCCCCUUUUCCUUCACAUACCAGUUCUUUCAAUAAAUGUAAUAUUAUACAUUGACCAGCAGAGGGGUCGAAAAUGUUUUUGCAGCCGAAGCACUGCACUUAUCAAAGCACUGAAGUUUCACAAACUUGACCGGGCCACUUGGGUACGUCUGCUUCAUUUGUCCAGGCCCUUAUCUCCACUUUAUAGUCAGACGAGGAGUAGGAAGGCAGCCCUUGUGUGGUUGACUUUGCCUCACUAUCCAAAUUUACCAGGGCAGCACAGGAGGCAACUGCAAAGAACACCAUUCAGGAAUAAGGUGCCAGAGCAGCAUUGCUUUCAAUCGCACUUCUUGUUUUUCUUCUUCCCUUUUGGAAAGGCUUCUUGAAGAACUGAAGAACUGAAAGAUAUUCAGCAAGGGAAGUUGCUUGCGUCCUUGCAUCUCCUUUUUGGAAUACACUUGUUAAAGAUGGAAACAUUGUUCAGGCUCUUUUUCUUCUGGAAGGUGUUUUCUUCAACAGUCCUUGGAUUCCCAAGUGGGAAGAUUAGUGGGUCAUGCGAUUCUAUGUUACCCAGCCACAGAAAUGCCAUUUCACAGACCUCUCCACCACCGUAUGCCAUCUCUGUUUCCAACACAUCAUUUGCUCCAAGAGAUGAAAUCAUAGUUUCGCUAACUGGAAUCAAAGGCUCCAGCUUUAAAGGAUUUCUGCUCCAGGCUCGAACACCCGGAGGAGAUUCUGCUGUUGGAAGCUUUCGAAUCCUAAGUCCCUCCACACAAGGUCUUGAAUGCAAUAAUAUUCAGAAUUCUUCGGUGAGUCACACAAAUCGGCUUGACAAGCAAAAUGUAACGGCAGUUUGGAUUGCGCCUCCUGGUGUGGGACAAGUUGUAUUCAGAGCAACAGUUGUACAGAAUUUUACAACAUUCUGGUCUGAGGUUCAAAGCCACUUGCUUGUAUCUUCCGGCGCAUCAUUUGUUUCAACAUUACCCAGCUUCACACAGAGUACCAGUUCUUCUGCAACAGUCUCUACAGAAGAAGGGUGUGGUACAAAUAAAUUCUGUUUCAGUAACCCUGAGGGGUGCAGUCCGCAAGAUCCGAACUGUUACUUCAUGUCAUCUGAAGCAUUAGGGACUUCUGUAUUCAAAUUUGAAAUGAGUGGUUCAUCAGAUGGCUAUGUAGCUAUUGGUUUCUCUGAUGACACAAUUAUGGGGAAUGAUGACAUCUAUAAUUGUGUUAGAAAUGACACAGAUCAUAUAGAAGUUCAACAUGCCUUCUCAACUGGACGUACUAGACCUAGCCCUUUACCUCUGGGUGAAGUGGAAAUUCUAUCAACAUCCUUUAACAAUGGUAUCAUCAAGUGUUCUUUCAUUUCAAGAAAUGUUAUAUCAACACAGCCAAGAAAUGCUGGCAGUUUAUACUACAUAUUUUUGGCUUUUGGACCAUCGUCAGCUGGCCAGAUACGGAAGCAUACUAGGAGACCUUUCAUUACGGAUCAGAAGGUGAACAUUUCCAGCUUCCAGUCACUAGGAGGUACCUCUUCUACACCCUCGAUUAUUAAAGCUCAUGGUGCUCUCAUGCUGAUUGCUUGGAUGACCACAGGGAGUGUAGGAAUGAUAUUCGCCAGGUACCUGAAGAAGUCCAUCAAAAAAACUCUUCUGGGUAAAGACAUUUGGUUUCAGAUACAUUCUUUCAUCAUGUUGCUAACUGUGGUGACAACAUCAAUUGCUUUCAUACUGAUCUUUACAGCAGUAAAAGGAUGGAGUUAUGAUGCAGGCGCUCAUGCUGUUAUCGGGUGUAUUGUCAUGAUCCUUUCAUUCUUUCAACCAGUGAUAGCAUUUUUUCGACCUUCUCUUCAAAAUAAUCGGAGGUUUGUUUUUAAUUGGUUUCACAUGCUAAAUGCAUUAGUCAUCAAAGUUUUGGCAGUUGCUGCCAUAUUUCUGGGCCUGCAAAUGCUCAGCAAUACUUCUAACCAGUGGAUGGUGAAAACAAUGGGAGGCUUUGUAGGCUGGGAGGCUCUAAUAGCCAUUACACUGGAUGUAAACGAUUGGUUGAAAAAGAAAGAAAUCUACGCAGAUCCACAGCCAAAGAUGAAAAGCGAACUAUUACUACUGCUGAUAUAUCUUUGUGGCAACUUGGCAUUUUUAAUAGCUCUGCUUGUAGGUAUUGGAAUGUCUUAAAACACGCUUCCUCUUCAAUGGAAAGCUAAAAACUGUUCCUACUCUUUGCUACCUACAUCACGAAAAACAAGACUGUCACAAAGUUUGCUUUCAUCACUGCCAUUGCCGCUUGAGUAUCUCGGCUUUUUCUUUGUAGCAGAAUGCUAUGCAGAAGAUUAUCUGAUAAUGAUUCUAAGAAAACCUGAUUAAAACAUAGAUCCAAGGAGGACAGAUCAAAGUGCAAAUCAAGCUAGAUAUAUAUA